AACUCAACUUUAUGCCACAAAUAACAGAUCUGUGGUGAUUUCAGGAUCCCCUAUGGGACAAUAGCGACUAGCACAAAGACAAAUAGUUACUUUUAAAUCAGCUUAUUGUUUUCUCAAAUUUUCUCCCUCCAAGUUGUAUUUAAACACAUAUUCUCAUCAAAAGAGGCUACCAUCACAUAGAAAAAAGAAAACCCAAAAAGAAAGAGAAGAAAAACAAAAAGGAAUGGAUGAAAAUAUCGAAGAGGGAGCAGCUAGAUCAUUAGAAGAUGAGUUAGAAGCAUGUGGCUUUUUGCCUUUACCAUCACCAAAUUCUUGCAUAUACAAAGUCCCGGAAAAACUUUGUAAAGUUAAACAUGAAGCAUACAAACCGCAGAUCAUCUCAAUUGGUCCUUAUCAUCGAAACACUGAAGGUCUUCACUCCAUGGAAUCGAGCAAAGAAAGGUAUUUCAAAGCUUUUCUGCGUCGUACAUUACCAACAUUGACAUCUAGAUUAACUCUGUCAAAUCUGAUUAUUGCCAUUAAAAGGAUAGAAAGCCAAGCUCGUGAAUGUUACCAUGACUUAGUCCUUGGUCGUGAUCUCAUUAAGGCGGGUGAUGGAUAUGAUAGUGAUACAUUUGUUAAAAUGAUGAUACUUGAUGGCUCUUUUAUACUUGAGCUACUUCACAGAUAUGCUAACGAAGGGGCAAGAGAUGCAAAUGAUCCGAUAUUUUUUACAGGUUGGAUGCUUUCUAGUUUACAGCAUGAUUUGGUUCUAAUAGAAAAUCAGAUUCCUUUUAUCAUUCUCGAGAAGCUUUACCGUUUAACCCGUACGUAUAGUCAACAAAAUGAUCAAUCUCUUGACCAGCUUGUCCUUCGCUUCUUUAAAACCAUGUUACCAUAUUCAAUAGAAAGCGAAUUACCUGCUCCAACUCAAGAAUCACUACCAGUACGAUCAGCUAGAUACAUAUUGGGUUAUCUGCUAGCCAUCGAACGUUUUAUUCAAUCACCUUUCUGUUCACGAGAAUCUAUGUUGCCUAUAACUCAAGGGCCAGAAAUCCAAUUAAAUGAGUUUCUACCCAAUCCAGAAGAAACCGUGGUGGUACGUAUGCCUACAACGCAAGCAGGAAGCCAACACAGACAAAUAAACUCAUCCGGAAGCCAACACAGACAAAUAAACUAUAGAAGCCGACAUAGACAUAUGCUGGAUCUGUUGCGCAGUAAUUUACUGCCUUCGUCGGCACAUGAGGAGAAUGCAGGGGGUGAUCCAGGCUGGGAAUUCACUCGGUGUGUCACAUCUCUUUCAGAAGCUGGAGUGAAGUUCGUGAGAAAAGAUAAAUCUGAUGGCUUACUGGAUAUUAAAUUCCACAAAGGAACUUUUAAUAUCCCACCAUUCGAUUUCGAUGAAAGUACUGAUGUUGUUCUAAGGAAUAUGAUAGCAAUGGAGCAAUGUGAUAGGAUGUCCACGCGCCAGAUCACAUCGUAUGUCUUACUUUUGGAUAUAUUGAUGAACUCCGAGAGAGAUGUGAAAUUGCUUCGUGAUAAAAAGAUUAUUCGCAGUUACUUAGGAGAUGACGUAGAGAUGUCGCUCAUAAUUAACAGUAUGUGCAAAGGAGUUAGCAUUACACAUUUCUGCUACGAUGGUCUUUGUAGCAGAUGCAACAGAUAUAUCCAAGGGACCUGGUAUAAAUGGCGAGAAGUUCUGAUGCGUGAUUACUUCAAUACUCCAUGGGCACUGUUCUCAUUUCUUGCUGCUAUUGUUUUACUGAUCCUUGCUAUCACUCAGACUCUCUAUGCAGUCUUGGCAUAUUAUGUAUCCUCAUCACCUUCCUGACAAUCACCUCAACCAGGCUAGUCGAUCUUGAUCGUUUCUUUUCUAAUUAAUUGUCUCUAUAUGUGUGCCAAAUAAACAAGGUUAUUAUUCUUUACGAAAUCUGUUUCCGAGCCAAGGGAAUCGGCUAGGAUAUCUCGA